AAAUCCAUUAAAGUAGGCAAGUAGCCCAUUGAGCGGGAAAAAAAGAAAAAGUAAAACAAUUGAAAGGGAGAAAAAGUUUCAAGUGUCACAUGGAAAAGUACAGUAUCUUUUAAAAUUAAAACCUAGUGUAAAAUGGAGUAGCAUUCAGCAGUGCUCAAUCAAAUGGAGGUCAAAUAAGGAGCUAGUAAUUUGCUAAUGAACUGAGCCUUCACAAACUAACUGCUUUAUGAUGGCUAACGAGCAAGAAACCAAGGUUCUCUUGAAGCUUUGGGUGGAUGAAACGAGAAAUAAAGUAGUUGCAGCUGAAUCUAAAGUAGAUUUUAUGGACAUACUCGUUAGCGUUCUCACUUUACCACUGGGAACGAUAAUAAGACUCACUAAAGCAGAAGCAGGAGCUCUUGGUUGCAUGAAGAACUUGUACCAAAGUGUUGAAAAGCUUGGUGAGGAAAAUCUGUACACAGAGUAUUGCAAAACCAUGCUGCUAAAUCCAAGAAAUGCCUAUGCAAAGUAUUGCAUGAAGUUGAAAGUUAACGUGGACAAUUCAGGCUCUGAUAAGUAUUAUCAGUGCUCAGGUUGCUGUCGUAAGAGCUAUUACACGAAUGUUAAGUGCCUGUGUGGAGGAAUGAUUAAUAAAGAGAAGUUCUUGAAAGAUUCAGUUGAAAAUACCUGUCUUAAUGAGCAUGCAUUUCUCAAAGGAGGGAUAUCGUUUCUGAUCACUGACGAUUUGCAAUUCAAGUGUGCUUCUCCAAGCUCUCUAGUUCAGAUGCUUUCUAAUGUUGGUCUGAGUGACAUUAAUCAGAUUAAGGAAAUGCGUGUAGAAGUCGGAAAGAAUGAGGCAAUUCAUCUACUUGCAUGUUCACUGAUCUCAAAGACUCCCUUGUCAGAUGUGUUUCUUCCCCAGGAAAAACAAAAAAGAGCAAGAUUAUAUGCCAUUACAAUGCCUGAGUUUGGAAAUUUUUCAUCCAUCUCUAAAAAUGCAACAAGUAGUAUCACCAAGAAAUUAGAGCUGAAGCUAACAGUAAGCAAGACUACAAACAUGGUCUUGUGUGCAGAGGCUGGGAAUGAAUUCAUUGAUUUUCUCUUCAACUUCUUGACCAUUCCGAUAGGAUCAAUUGAAGAUGCUCUAAAAGGGAGUUCUGGUUUGGAAUCCAUAGAUAACCUGUACAAAAGUGUGGAGGCGUUAGAUUCAAAAUGGUUCAAUACGUAUCCGAAUAACAAUGGUCAUGGAGGUGUGGAGAAUCAUAGUUUUUAGAAGAUAUUACUAAAGCCUAGUAUUGCCCUUUAUCAUAAAUCUGAGAAUCAGCUGCUGCAAAUUUCUGAAUCUGCAGAAACUCAAUUUUUUGACCCGAGGGAACCUGUAAGGAGUAAAUACCCUCGGAAGUUUGGAAAGUUUUCUAAGGCACCAUCCGUUUUCUAUGUUAUGGACAAUUUGGAAGUGAGACCUUUGUCUUCUGCACCAACUAUGUGCUUACUCCAAGAGCUAAAUGUGCCUAUGUAUGAUGUUGAAGAGCAAGUGAUCAGUGUUGGCGAGUCAGAAGCAUUAAGUUUGCUGAAGGCCUCUUUAAUGUCAUCUUUAUCAGCUUUGACAGUGGGCCUAAAUCACACGUUGAAGAAGCCUAUCAACGAAGAUGUGAAGUGCAACUUAAGAUUUUCUCAGGCUGGUUAGCAACUCACUUACCCUAGCUAUUGUUAUUAACCUCAAAACUUGGUCUCCCAGUACUUCAAAAACGUAUUGCAGACUUGAGUGUUUGCUGAUUGAAUCAGUUAUGGAUCACUGUUUUGUAGUUCUAUUAAUCUAUUAGUUAAGAUGUUUUUCAA